AUGUCAACAUCACCUGGCAAAGCUGAGCUCGACGAGCUGUUCGCUCCCUCCAUCGAAUCCAUGAUUGCCAAGGGAGUGCGCGAAGAAUUUCUAUGGGAGCGCAGCACGCUCACGACCCAUCUCCCUUUCGAUCCCACCACUCUCGAAGUUCUCUUCCGACUCAACCUCCCAAAGGUCAUUCUUCGGAGAGACUGCAACUUCGAUGAGGUAUUCUUCACUGACUACAGUUUUGGACGCACAAUCAAGUUUACCUGUCGACUACACGACCAAACCAAGUCCGAGGGAUCACCAAGUAGACUAAGCCUGACGAUCAGGCAGAGCGACGGCUACGUGAAUGCUGUCAAGACAAUGAGCGAAGCUCUUCGAGGAAAGGAACGCAAGACCAGGAGUGAAUACGUGCCUGCGAAAGGCUCGUAUGGAAAUUACAACCUGGAGAAUCGACAAGCAACGGCAUUCAUUUGGGUGCGGUUUACUACUGUGGUUGAGCUACAACUUACUAGCCCCGAUUCCGACACCGACGUGAUGAUAGACGCUAGAGGCCUCGCGACAGCACUCGACGAAGCCAUGAAAGAUCAUGAAGGGCCCACAUCCACAGUUCCAAAGGGGUGUAUCUAUGGUGCAUUCAUCCCAGCCCGCUUUACCAUCGGCAAUAUGGAGCUGCUGAGUUUCGAAUUCAGCCCUAGUACCGAUUCCAACAGAGAGUUCGCUGUAAAAUAA